AUGGGGGCGCGGCCCUCCCGCGCCCAGGCCGGCCCCGCGGCGCUGACAGUAAAAAAAGCGCGUUUCUUUGGCCGGGAUCGCGACGUCCGCGAUGCCAGCGGCGUCGUUGGCCGCAUCCUCUUCUCUCGCGACUUCGCCACGGCCACUGUUGUCGUGCGCGGGGAGCGCUACGAGGUCUUCAGGCUGCACCUGCGGCUGAAGAAGGGCGGCGAGGAGGUCAUGUCGUCCGUGGAGGCCAAGGGUGUGUACAGCAAGCUGACGACGGAUUACAUGGGCCGCCGGUAUGUGAUGGAGUACAUCAGCAGCGGGUGGGUCGUCAGGUGCGGCGUGCAGGAGGUGGGGAGGUUGAGUCGGCGGUGGCUCCGCUUCGGGGAGGGCGUGCCGCUGCUGCUGCAGGUGCACCUGCUGUGGUACACGCUGCUGCCGGACGUGGCGCUGGCGGUGAGGGCGCUGGACAUCACCCGGAUGUACGCGGGGGCGAGGAAGAUUGGCUAUUGCAACUGA